UGCAUUAGACACAUUAAUCUAUUCAUACACUCAAUGCAUUGCCAGUUAGAAUCAGGAGUAAGUGAGCAACAGCUAAGCCCUCAACAGCAAUGUUAAAUUCAUAAAAUGAGAGCUUCCAACAUGAACGAUUUGGUGACUAAAUCUUAUUUAUAUAGUUUCUAUACAGUAUGUGUGUCAGCCAUUUCAACAACAGGCACUUGAUAAAAAUCCCAUUCCAGUCCAUGGGCAUUAAUAUGGAGUUGGAGAUGUCUAUAGCAUACUCUGAGACAAUAAAUGUAAUAUAAAUUUUACCAAAACAGCAUGAAAAUAUUUUUAUUCAAACGCAAUAAUAAAAAGUCAGCCUAAAGAUGUCUAAAGCUUUGCUAGCUAAGUGUGAAUUCCUCAUACAUUUUAUGAGUUUAGAUCAAGUUAGAUCAAGAAACAUAAGCCUAUUCAUUGCAGUUUGUAAUCAGAUACCAGCUUUCAAAAUGUCCGCAAUGCUCCUGUGCUCACUUUUGAGAGUAACCAGGUUUAAAAUGCUAGAAUAUUACAUGCAAGAGAGAAACAAAUUUCAGUUGUUUCAGAACUAUGUAUAGUAUAAAGUGUGAAAACUUCACCAAGGUUUUCCCAGGUUGCAGCACAUAUAUUACAUACAAUUUUAAAAAGAGAAAUAAAGAAAAAAAAAUAAAUUUCUUUAUCAAAACCACAGACCAAAUCACAUGAUACAAUUUAGAUGAUAUUGCUUGAAAUUAUGACCAAAACAUCUCCAAUUAAUCUUUUACAGCGAGUUCUCUCUAGUCGGCUGACACUUUACAGUGAAUCUUUAGCCAGGAGGAAAUUUCUUACUUUUAUCACACAGAGCAAAGGUUCUUUAUGUAGCUCAGGUCCUUGAAGAACUAUUUCAACACUCUAUAUUCCAGAGUCACCACUCUCUGCCUGUUACGUUAUCAGCUUAAGGGUAAAUGAUCAUGAUGGUGAAAGAGGUGGUCUUGCUGUGGACAGUGGCUCUAUGGGCAGCUUCAGCUGAAAUGCUGGUGAAUGACAGCAAUAAGACACUGGCAAAUAUUCCUGCCACCUACUAUGCAAACAUAACCCAUUUAAUCCUUCAACACAACUGCAUUGUGAUGAACAGCUCGGACACACAGACUUUGAGAAACUACUCCAAACUGACAGAGCUGGACCUCUCAUACAACCUCAUAGUGCAGCUGCCUGAUGGAGCUUUUUCUGCUCUCAGCAGUCUGGAAACUCUCCGUUUAACUGGGAAUCAACUACAAACGAUAAGGAAUGAGACUUUCACAGAUUUGAAGAAACUCAAGACACUGGAUCUGGCAGAGAACCCAUUGAAUUGCACGCAGGAGUUACUGACGCUCAUGAAGUGGUUGAAUGAUGCGGGACUGCAGACAGGACCAAAUGCCACCUGUGCCACUCCAGAGAACCUGGCUGGAAAAAGAAUCCUGGAUGUGCUCAAAACAUCCACAACACAGCUGCCUCCAGUGACAAGCAACACAGUCACUACUACAAAAACCACUUCUACUUCUACUACAGUCAUGUCUUCUACAAAAGCAUUUAUUACCAUCCAAAGUCCACCACGUGGAACGUUGACCACAGUAAGCAGCCAGAACGUUUCAAGCAAAGACACUCUGAUUGAAGAUGAACAAAAUGGCAAGCCAGUGGUGACCAACAGCUGGAAGUUCCUCACUGGAGUGAUCGUGAUCAUUCUCUGCACAUCCAUGGUCAUCGUUUGUGCGGUCAAAUCGCCCACCUGGUACAAGAUGCUCUUCGACUACCGACACCAGAGGCUGCACGAAGCCGAGGAGCCCAGUAUCUUUAACACGGGCCGCUACUCCAACUUCAGCCUGGACACGGAGCAGACGGAGACCAGUGCUCAUGAGCUGGACCAGGGCCUUACAGAGCCAGCCGAGGAUGAGGACGGCUUUAUAGAGGAUGGCUACAUUCAGCCUGAGGACUACAAGGAGCAUGUUGACGUUGAUGAAGUAUAAACUGAGUGACCUCGCUAAAGGGGGGACAAUGACUGAUGUGACUGUUUAAGGUUUAAUUAAAAAGCAUGCAUAAACAGGUCCAUUUGAGGCAUGCUAAGCAGAAGACAGAAGUCUGUAUGUGCAAACAUACAAGAAGCCGCCACUGUAGAAAUGCGUGUAGAAACCAAAUGUGGUGAAAGACAGGAAUCUUUCUUUCACAAACCGUACAAAUCCUUGUUGCCAUCUUGUGACUAUUAUUCUUUCCAGUGAAACCCCUACACUUAUUCGUUUAUUACAGAACAAGCUUCACAGGUUCUGAAAGUAAACUUUUAUCACUUUUUGAUUAAUCAUUUUCCCCACCUCGUCUACAGGCUUGCAGCACAAACAGCAUCACUGUUUAAAUGUGUGUCAGAAAUAGUCAUGACAGAGCUUAAACGUUGUACAAGUUGUUCCUAUGCAUCUUUUUUAAAGCACAAUGAAGUUAGACUGUCAUUAACAAGCUGUGAACUUAAACCUGUGGUUUAAAUCUUUAACCACACUGUACAGCUGACAUCUGGGAUUUAUAAACUCUUUAUACCACAGCACUGCUGAACUGUCUAAUCCGACUGGUCCGAAGAUGUUGAUUAAUCUUCUCUAAUAGCAACUUUGACAGUAGUUUCAGCAGCAAGGUGUCAUUUCCAUAGUGACGGCUCAUUCAAUUGGACGUGUAUGGUGGACACUCCACAUAAUUAAUAAAGAUUAAUAUAAUUAAUAAAGACUAAACGUGCUGUUAUCUAACAAAGAUAAAUAUAAAAUUGUGGAUAUGGUGACAUUUUUUGUAUGGAGAUGUUUACUUAACGUUCGCCUUACGCUUUCCAGUUUCUCAGUAACAUGAUAAGCUGUGGGGUUUUUUGUUUGUUUGUUUGUUUGUUUUUUGUCUUGUUAAUGGACAUAUAAAUGGUUUAAAAGUAUGUCCUGUCAUUUAAUUAAUAAAAAAAAUGAUAAUUUUUGGCUAAAAGGAAUAAAACACAUUGCGAAGCCA